AUGUCCUUCAAAUGUAGUCAAAAGGCCGAGAUGCGUCCUGCAAUUUUCUUUUCUUUUACUCUAUGGCUACGAUUGGCUGUGGUUUUGGGAUUGUCACAAACACAAGCGACGCGACGAGAUGUUUUGCUUGCCGCCCAGCAAGCAUCAGCGGCAACGGCAUUCGGCGUGCUUUUAUCGUCGCCUAACGAAGCGGAGGCGGUGCGCGACACAGGAGAAACCGCUACAUAUCUGCAUAAUCAAUCCAGGCUUCUGCUUCCGAAUUCUAAGACUAAGGCUUUGACUAUCCCGCGAAUCGGGUAUUCUAUGUAUAAAACAACUGCUGACCAGAUAGAGGCAGGGAUCCAGUUAGCGUUGCAAGCCGGAGCCCGCCACUUUGACGUCGCUACGCAAUAUGGCACAAACCCAGUUGUGGGAGAAACUCUGCGCUCAUACAUACAUCAGGGACUUUCUUCAGAGUACACACCAACGAGUAUUAUUCCUAAAUCACCACAGGAACGUCGUCGAGAGAUAUUCUUGACACACAAGAUUUCCAACGACGAGCAAUCUACAAAGCCUCGGGAGGUCAAAAACGCGAUCAUCUCGCAGCAAAGAGGCCCUUUAAAAGGUAUCGAUGUCGAUCUUGCGAUGCUUCAUUCACCCUUAACGGAUAAAUCGCGACGACUGGCAUCGUAUGAAGCUCUAUUGGACUUAGAAGCCAAGAGCAAGAUCAAAGCAGUUGGUGUCUGCCAUUUUGGAGUCGCCGCUUUGCAAGAGUUAGUAGAUGCUGGUCUACCCGCUCCCUCUGUGAUCCAGCUUAUCAUCAGUCCCUUCAAUCAACACAAAGAUAUCGUUGAGUGGGCAUCCAAACACGACAGCGUGGUAUCAUGUAGCGCUUGGUCCAAACUCAGCUCGGUCGAGGGGCCACAAAUUGGCUGGUCCGUACUUGGCGAAAUUGCCAAAGAAAAAAGCAUGACGAAGCAGCAAGUUUUGAUCCAAUGGACUCUCCAAAAAGGAUUCAUUUGUACUCCACGCGGUAGCAGCAAGUUUAAUAUUGAACGCAUGGCUAUACAAGAAAACUCCUGGGACGCAGUCCAGGACUUUCGAUUGACCGAGACCGAAAUGGACAUUUUAGAUGGAUUGGACGAACAGUUACCAGCUGGCCGACUCGGUAUUCGCGACGGCUGGGACGAAUCUCAAAUUACAGACCCCGCUUGGGAUCCAACUUUUAUAUCUUAG